AUGGCUCACCAAGUCACAUGCUGCAGCGGCCUAGCAAAAACAGCACCUGCUUGUGCCAUUCUUCCGCGCGCCACGUCAGCGCGCUCUCUGGAUCUCCGCCGCUCUCUGCUUUCCCCAACCUUCCCCAGCGCCAUCGUUCCGCACGUAGCCGCCGCCUUCCUCGCGCUGCGCGCUUCAGUCUCCCCCCGCGCGCAAUCUUCCGCCGACGCCGCCACGCGCAGCACCGGCGCGCAUGCGCCUUUGUCCGCCACUGAUUCCCGGGAGUCCGCGGAAGCAUCCGCGCGGGAGGCGGCCGCGCUAGAGGCCGCGGCGGCGCGCGUAAUAACCCUCUCGAGCCGCGAAGAAUACGAUCGGCUGAUGGCGGAGGCUAAGAACAAAGGGCGACUCGCCGUAGUCGAGGUUACUAUGUCUACCCUACCCAAUACCGACCGGAUUUAUCACACCCUCGUGGAAACUGCGCGGUUGUUUCCGAACGCGGUGUUCCUGCGCAUUUUCGCGGACAAGGGCGCGGAGCUGCGCGGGUUGGCGCAGAGCAUGCAGUGCGCGCGCGUGCCGUCGUACGUGCUGUUCCGCGAGGGGCAGCGCGUGCACGAGGACGCGGGGAUGGACGCGGAGCGGCUGCGCGCCGAGCUGCUGUACUACUCCGCGGAAGGGCCCGUGCUGGAGUUGCACUCCGCGGAAGAGUACCGCGCGCUCAUUGAGACCCACAAGGACUCCGACAUGCUAGUGGUGAUCGAGGCAACGCUCACCUUCUGCGGCCCCUGUGUGCGCAUCCACCAAACCGUGCUCAACCUCUCCCACCGCAUGGCCGGUCACGCUGUCUUUGCGCGCUUCUUUGGCGACUCAGCGGACUGCACGAGGGAUCUGAUCCGCGACCUGGGGGUGGUGGAGGCGCCCACGUUUCUGUUCUACAGAAGGGGGGAGCUGCUGGGGCGCUAUGUGGGGUCGGGGAGAGGGGAUUUGGUGGGGGAGAUUUUGAAGCACCAGGGGGUGCCUGUCAGCUCAUGA